UCUAGUCUGAUGUUCAGUUCAUAUUAGACGGACAAGAUAAACGGUAGUCUCAAAUUUUAUAUUUAUCUGAAUUGUAAUUUUAUAAUGAUGGAUAUUUCUACAGUACUUUUGAGUAUUUUAAUGUUUAUACUUAUGUAUAUUUAUUAUCAAUAUAAAAAAGUAAAGUUUUUUGAAAAACAUGGAAUUCCACAUAUUAAACCAUGGCCAUUAUAUGGAAAUAUGGCAGCAAUAUUAUUUAAAAAAACUACAUUGUUCCAUUAUCUCCAGGAUAUUUAUAAUGUGAAUAAGAAUGCUAAGUACAGUGGUUUUUAUGACUUCAGUAAUCCAAACAUAGUUAUACGUGAUCCAGAAUUGAUUAAAUUAAUUGCUAUAAAACACUUUGAUCAUUUUGUAAAUCAUCGGUCUUUUUUUAAUCCAGAAGUAGAUCCCCUUUUUGGUAACAAUCUUUUUUCAUUACAUGAUGAUAGAUGGCGAGAAAUAAGAAACCUUCUUACUCCUGCUUUUACAUCAAGUAAAAUGAAAGGAAUGUUUAAAUUAAUGUCAAAUUGUGCUGAAAAUUUUGUUGACUAUCUUGUGAAAGAUUCAAAAGAAAAACCACUUGAAAUAAAUUCGAAAGAUGCCUUUUGUCGGUAUACAAAUGAUGUUAUAGCAACUUGCGCAUUUGGAAUAUCAAUAAAUUCAAUGAAAGAUAAAAAUAAUGAUUUUUAUAUACUUGGUAGAAAGGCUAUAGAUUUUGAAGGGAAUUUAGUAACAUUAAAAUUUAUUUUCGUUGAAAUUUUUCCCAAGAUCUCAAAAUUAUUCAAUAUAAGAAUCAUCGAUAGUAAAGUAGAUGAUUUUUUUAAAAAAAUUCUUGAAGAUACAAUACGUACAAGAGAUGAAAAAGGAAUAACAAGACCAGACAUGAUCCAACUGAUGAUGGAGACAAGAGCCAGCAAGACGGGACCAACUCUUUCGAUAGAAGAUAUGACAUCGCAAGCUUUUAUCUUCUUUCUGGGAGGCUUUGAUACGACUUCGAGCCUCAUGUCAUUCGUUGUGCACGAAAUCGCUGCUAAUCCUGAGAUUCAAACAAAGCUUCAAAACGAAAUUGAUGAAAUGUUUGAAAAAACAAAUGGAGAUGUGACAUAUGAAGCUGUAAACGGACUUGCAUAUCUUGACGCAGUCAUUAACGAAACACUCAGAUGCUAUCCCAUUGCUGGAUUUCUUGACAGAGUUUGUUCGAAAAGUUUUGAAUUACCUCCCACAUUGCCAGGAGCAAAACCACACCGCCUUAAACCUGGUGAUUUUAUAUGGUUUCCAGUUUUUGCAAUUCAAAGAGAUCCAAUAUAUUUUUAUGAACCCGAAAAAUUUUAUCCAGAUAGAUUUAUUGAAGACCCAAAAGGCACUCUGAAUUCUCCAGCAUACAUGCCAUUUGGUUUAGGUCCAAGAAUGUGUAUUGGUAAUCGAUUUGCAUUAUUAGAGACUAAAGUACUAUUGGCGCAUCUUGUUUCUAAAUGCCAACUCAAACCUGGUAAAAAAAUGAUUGUGCCACUUAAAAUCAGUAAAAGAAGUUCGGUAAUGACCGCUGAAGGAGGUUUUUGGUUGGAAAUUCAACCGAGAAAUCAAUAAACGAUUGUCAUUAUAAACGAUAUAAUGAAUACAUGUAUAAAUAUUCAAAUGUUGAAAUAUAGAAAUAUAAUAAAAUAUAAAAAAAUGAUCAUACCGUGUCUUCUAUGUAGAAAAUUUUCAAUUAAAAAAAAUUGAUCUACACGUUAACUGAAAUCAUCCACACAUACUGUAUGUUAACAUUACGUUUUAAAUACAUUUUUCAACAAAAAAAAAACAAAAAAC